AUGUCCGACCCGAGCAUUAUCUCAAACAACCCUCGAGGAAACCUACCUAUCACCUCAACCCCCAACACCACCGCAAACACACAGACCCGCCAGGCUACCGACAAUCAGGAGCGUGACCACCCACCACAUGCCACUGACCCAACCGAUGAAGGGACGGCAACGGAGGGGAGAGGCAACCGCCGCACCCCGAAUCCUGAGGAGCGAGCCGCCAGACUACAACAGGUGGAGAUCAAUCGCCUAGCCGCAAGUCUUAUCUCGUCCGCCAGUAGCCACAUCGAUGACGCGGACCUACUCGCAGCGGACGGUGCAAACUUCUCUGCGUGGGAGGAUUUCCUCGAAGAGCGCAUGCGCGGGGCCACUGGUGCAGUCUCCUUCUUCAACAAGCCAGCUCGAAACCUACUACACGAGCGAGUCGGUCGGGCCCUCCUGGUCAACACGGUCCACCGCUCACUUCGCCGCGGAGUAUCCAGACUACCGAGCGCCCAUGCAAUGUGGAACGACCUUUUCGCCAGGUUCCACUCGGUCAGUCGGGCGGCCCAACUGAACCUGUUCCGGAGGCUCAUCUCUUUCAACGUCGCGGACCACUCUACUACCGCACAAAUGUCGACGCACAUCGCCAACAUUCUGGACAAAAUGACCGACGCCAGAAUGCUUUUCACCCGUGAAUACUUAGCAGGACUCGUAUUGCAAAACGGACUCCACUCCGAACCUGCGCUCCAGGAGGAGUUCAACCGCCAGAUCGAGAUCGACUUUCAAACAGCAACACCUGAACACCCAGCCAUGGGUUUUGAGUUAAUGGUCCGAUUGAUCGACAUUAUCAGGCGUCAACAGCAUUCCAGUCCAACAUCGUGA